GUGUUCUUUGCUUCUUGUAUUUAAAGGACUUCUUCUGACAUAUCCACUUCAUCGUUUCUCUUUCUUCUUCUUCUUUCUUCUUUAUUUAGAAAACACAAACCCAAAAAAAAAACUUUGAAAAGACUCUUCUUGAGAGAUGGCUGUGGGAAUCCUUGAGGUUAAUCUCAUCAGUGGCAAAAAUCUCAAGCGAUCUGAUUUUCUUGGUAAGAUAGAUCCAUAUGUUGAGAUCCAAUACAAAGGGCAAACCCGCAAAAGUAGCGUUGCUAAAGAUGGAGGUAGAAACCCAACAUGGAAUGAUAAACUAAGAUGGAGGGCAGAGUUUCCUGGCUCUGGUGCCGAUUACAAACUCAUCGUCAAAGUCAUGGACCAUGAUACUUUCUCUGCCGACGACUACAUCGGCGAAGCCACGGUACAUGUGAAAGAGCUAUUGGAAAUGGGAGUUGAGAAAGGAACGGCAGAGCUAAGGCCGACCAAGUACAACGUUGUCGACUCCGAUCUCUCCUUUGUUGGCGAGCUUCUCAUUGGAGUUUCUUACUCUCUUUUGCAAGACAGGGCAAUGGAUGGAGAAGUAUUUGGAGGAUGGAAGCACAGCCAGUUUGAUUAGUUUCGUUCCUUACUGUUUUGCUGAUUCUAUGUUACUGUUUUAUCUUUAGUGUCAACAUCAUUAAGCUAUUCAUAAGUUUGAAAAAAAUAUUAUUUAAUCUUCAUAAUGUAUCAUGAUUUGUUGGUUGUAGAGAAUCUUUAACUUAGUAAGAGCAUGUUUAUGAAA